AUGAAGAUAAACAGCUGUGACUACUAAAUUAAAAUCUCUGUAGGAGAGGAAUGGGAAAUGAUGCAGAACAGCAGUGGCAUUGGAAGAAAAGCAUGUUGAGAUGGACCUGAAGUGGAAUCCUGACAGAGUUUCUCAUCCAGGCUCAUCUGAAGACCAGGAAACUGAUUUGAAUUGGCAAGGCAACCCAAAUCCCAGUCUGCUGAUUGAAGAUGAUGGAGAGCUGCUUAUGGAGGAACAUCUUUCCCCCAGGAAACUGAAAAUUUUGGCAGGGGUAGAUGAUCUGCAGCAAGUGAAGGCCCUAGAGAUGCGAGUAGACACCAGAGAGAUCAGCUUGGGGAACUUUGGUGUGCAUCUGCCUAAUCUGAGAGAACUGAAGUUGAACAAUAGCUUGCUUGUAUCUGUGAGGGAUCUUGGAACAUCACUGUCCCGUCUCCGUGUCCUGUGGAUGGCUCGGUGUGGCCUGUCAGAUUUAGAUGGGAUCUCUUCCUUCAGCUCUCUAAAAGAACUCUACAUUGCUUACAACAAUAUCUCUGACCUGAGCCAGCUGACCUGGCUGGAUCACCUGGAGGUUUUGGACCUGGAAGGGAACAAUAUUGAGGACAUCAACCAGGUGCAGUACCUGCGACUUUGUUGCAAGUUAAGCCACCUGACAGUGGAGGGCAACCUUAUUUGCCUGAAGCCAAAUGCAGAAUCUACAGAGGAGCCAGACUAUAAUUACAGAGCAGAAGUAAAAAAACUCAUUCCCCACUUGAAGUAUUUGGAUGGGAUACCAGCAAGCCAGACUACUCUCCUUCCUUCCAAGAAGGUGCAUGAAGAUUCUCUAAUCAUCAAGGAAUCCAUCAAGGAAGGUGGUUUAGCCAAAGACAUUUCAUGGUUAGGUCCGUAUUUUGGGGAAGUAGCAAAGCAGUCUGAAUGCAGCCCAAAACCCCCAACAACUUCCAGACCUGGAAAUGCAGAGUGUUCUGCUAAUGCAGGGACUUCUAGUGAUGCCAGCCUCUUGGGCGGUGGCUGUCCUCUUCCAGAUCCCACUGUUUUUCCUGAUAAGCUGUUCACAAAAGAUGACUCCAGUGAUUUGACACAUGGACUCCGUCAGGUUAUAUGUGGGAACCCUGCCAAGGCCCUCCAUGUGAGGAGACAAAAGCUAGGUCCACCUGCUGUGAGCCCUUUGAAACCGUCUGGUCUGACGACAGAAAACCUUUGUGGCUCUGGAGGAGGAAGAGAUCUGCACCAGGAAAAGGUGUCCUCUGACCUGGGAGCAUGGACGGAGCAGCACAAGGGGUGCCUGCAAACAGGUCAGCAAGAACAAGCCAGCCAAGCACUGAAGGUGAAUAAAGGUGAAGACUGGAGCCUAACUGACAGCUUAGGAAAUGAGUUGAGUGAGGCCUGUGAUGAGGACCUCAUUGAAAGGAUUUCACUUGAUUCUUCUUCCCGCUCCUCCUCAGGUUCAUCACAGGCUCAGGAGGGUGCAGUGUUCUCCAACACAAAACGUUAUCUAAUUCCAUCCCCUCCAAAAAACCCUUCACCUGCCUCUGCAGUGGAUGUUGCAGCAAGACCCUGGAAAACAAGGAAUAAUAGGGGCAUAAAAAUACCCAGCCAAGAGGAGGACAGACAGUGUACACAGAAAUGCCAGUCAAAGGCUCAUCAAGAGAAUUCAGCCCAGCCUCUGGACAAAGACCCUGCUUUCCUGGGCCUGCACAGCACAAUGGCUGCCUCUGGAUCCCAAGGGCACUGCCAGCCUGUGGGCUGGACCAGCCAGCCAAGGCCCAUUCCAGGACCAGCAGCUGUUGGGUCACCAAGGAUCAGGCCCAUCAUGGAUGAGAGCCCUUCUAAAGAGAUCAACCACCAGCAUCCAGCUGCCUACUCAUCCACAAAAGCCUUGCAGAGGUUCAGGCCAAUGAAUUCUGUUUGGCCCCUGACUGCCAGGUCCAUUCUGCAGUCAUUGCCACACAAAUCCAGUGCCACAAAAACAUCUCAGAACAGAAGUCCUCAGUCCUAG